AUGUCCGGAAAGGUGUGUAGUAGCAACAGCGUGGUGCAAGCCCGGCGAGUGGUGGACCAGCUGCGGGUGGAGGCCGGCAUGGAGAGAACCAAGGUCUCCCUGGUGGCAGCAGAGCUGGUCCAGUACUGCCAGGACCACAUGCGCACUGACCCUCUGGUCACGGGCGUUGUCGCCUCCGCCAACCCAUUCAAAGACAGGAAGACCUGCGCACUGCUCUAAGAGGGCUGCUCCAUGAAAUACCCCGCGUGACCUGCGCACCCAGCCGGGCACUACAGCAAGGCGUUUAUCCAGCGCUCGGCUGGCAAACCUGUUGCACGUCACAGUAAAGCGCAACAGCGGCGGCUGUCGGUCAGAAUGCGAACUGAAAAGAAGAUGAAACUUUCGGGUCUUCUUCGACUCCUUGGUGCUGGCGUGUCCUGACACCUGGUGGUACCGACGGCUAACUGCAGCGAUGUUUGACCCAGACUGAGGAGGUCUCCACUACUAGCUGCCAAACAGAAAGCACGACGGAAGCUGACUUUAAGACAGUGCUGUUGCAGCAUCUGUUGGUUUCCUAAAGCUCGGUCUCCCCUAGCUGCUCAUUGGCCAGAACAACUCUGCCUCUCCGGACUCUCGCCCCUGCAGCUGCCCCGCUCCCAAGUGCUGCUGCUGAGCUGUCA